AUGGCUUUGCACGUGCAAGGCCAGAGGGAAGACCCAGCAGAAACUUCUCCAGAAGACCCUGCUGUUCUGGAUGCUGAAGCAAACCUCCAGCCAUGGGAGCACUACAUAGUCAAGCAUUGCAGUGGCUUCCAAUACAGAAAGUGCUUGAAGACAGCUCAAGAGGCGACAGACUUACGAGAGCAGGACUGUGUUGUGGCCGGUCUGAACAGGAAGAAGUGUGAUGCCCCACCGGCAUACAAUCCUGAUGUUAGUGCUGCUCUUGGUGGUCCUAGAGUUGCGCAUAGAGCAGUGGCAACUCCGGUGCGGAGUGGUGCCACUGUAGCUCAUGAAACUUGUGGUAAAGCCCAUGUCCCACCAAGCUCAACAACCAAUGCUGUCGACACUACAUCAGAGGAAAAGAUCAAGCAUGAGAUCGAGGUUGGGCAGCUUCAUCUUCUUCAGCUGGAUUUGAUUGAUGAACAAAUUGCUCUGGAGCUCCAAGAGCAGGAGAAAGAUCUGGCUGAACUCGAGAUGCAAAUGCAGCUUCUGCAUGAUUUGGAUGCGGAAGAGCAAGCCUUGGAAGAGGAAGCGAAGCUCUUGAAGGAGAUUUCGGAAGCAGAGAAAGAGCUUGAGCACUUGAGGAUGUGUGAGGCAGAGGGUCAGCACCAAGGUCAAUGCCCUGCCAUGUCUACUGAGACGAAAGCUGCUGACACUGGUGCUGAGAUCAACACAGCUGCCAUGCUCGGCUUGGAAGCCCCACAGCCGCGGCAGCCACCUUUAGCCGGUCAGCCCAAAACUGAGGAGCCAGCUUCAGGCAAGGAGCUCAAAGACCAGACUCAAAAGGUGAAUCUGCAGGAUCCCCAGAAUGAGGAUGACAAGUUGGAGCCAGCAACUCUUCCUCGGCCUGAAGCUCUCAAUGAGGUUAUUCCGAUCUCACCUGAAGAGCAGCGCGCUGUGCUGCCCAAACGCACUCGCAAGAAGAAGACUGAUGCUGAAGACGAAAGCCCAGAGCUGAGGAAGAGGCUGAGACCAAUGCUGGCAUCGGAUGAGGAGGAGACCUGUGAGUACAAAGCUGGUUCCAGCACGGAUUGCAACAAGCGGAGGACACGGACAAGGCUUGAGAACAGUGAGACUGUUAAAGGGGAAGGAAAGAAGAAGAGGAAGGAUGCUGGGGCGAGUGGUGCUAUGCCUGCUGAAAACAACCAGGCUUCCGGAACGGGCGCCAGUGAGAGUGCUCCUGAAACUUCCAGGAAGAGCAAGAAGCCAAAGAAAGAAACUUGUGACAUAGAGGAUGAUGAGAAGACAAAGAAGAUCGCAGCCCAGAAAGCCAAGGUUUCCCGGAAGUCGGCGGCAUACCACCGGGCCAAGAAAGAAGCUUUGGGGAAUGGUUUGACCAUGGAGGAGGCCACUGCUAAGGGCAAGGAGGCACCUUGGCUAUUUGUUAAUCAUGCAGCAUUCAUCUCAUAA